GAAGUGGAGCUUAUUCUAGGACUGCCGUAGCUGUUACAAUUGCCGGAGCCCGUAGAGCUCGGCGUGAACCACUGGCCCUUAUCAACCUCAAAAAGAAAAAUGAAGAAACUGGGGAAGAAGAACUUGCCUCACGCUUGGGUCACUGCAAAGCGAAAGCCACCAGGCACAUAUUCCUUAUCCGUCAUUCUCAGUAUAAUGUGGAUGGCCGAGCUGAUAAAGACAGAACUCUGACCCCCCUUGGUCGAGAGCAGGCUGAACUGACUGGACAAAGGCUGGCAAGUUUGGGAUUAAAAUUCGAUCAGAUUAUCCACUCCUCCAUGACUAGAGCAACAGAAACAACUGAAAUUAUAAGCAAACAUCUCCCAGGAGUCAAAAAAAUUAGUACUGAUCUGCUGAGAGAGGGAGCACCUAUAGAGCCAGACCCUCCAGUCUCUCACUGGAAACCAGAAGCUGUGUAUUACGAAGAUGGAGCUCGAAUUGAGGCUGCUUUUCGAAACUUCAUUCAUAGAGCUGACGCAAAGCAGGAAGAAGACAGCUACGAGAUCUUUGUCUGCCAUGCCAACGUGAUCCGCUACAUUGUGUGCAG